AUGUCAUCAAAAAAGGCGAGGGAAUAAAUCGCAAAGCUGGCUGGGUUGGCGAGCUGCGUCUCGACGAUGGUCGACGACGAGGAACAAGAGGAGCUACGAUGCACAGGAAGCGACGUCGAGAUCGAGGAGUACACCGACACCGAGGACUCGCCAUAUGUCGCUUAUCAGGCCACCGAUAAGCUGUUCGAUACGGACAGGGCGACUUGGCAAAAAUUCACCUUCAUCGCCACCCUUCUGACCGUCGUCGUGUCCAUUACCUUUUUGAUUAUCACCUAUCCCCUUUAUCUCGAAAGUGUCAGCUACGUGUCCAACGCUUACACAGGACUUCUUUUCACUGCCUUCUUCUCUGCCUUCAUCCUGGGCGUUAUAUACUUCAUCUGGGGAAGAAUAUAUCCACCACCGGCUCUGAUUCCAAACAGUUUGCGAAUCAAAAUCCCCCGUUGCGCCCUUCUCAAAAUUAGCCUGAUUUACGCGUUCUCUGGUAUAGUGAUCACCCUCUCCAUGGACCGGGAUAGAGUUCUCUGCCACCUACAGGAUCCCAUAAAGGGCAUCACGCUGGUCUUCUCCCUGGUCUAUUACUUCUUCUUCUGUCGCAAAAUGAUGAGCUUGCAGAGGAUCUUUUCAAGCACCACGAUAAUAGUGGGUCUUUUCAUAAGCGUGGAUUACGGCCUUUGUGACGAAUUUCGAUGCAGGGGGCGGGAGGUUUCAGCUCACGUCACAACUAUAAAGGGAACUUGGGGCGUGAAAGCAAUUUGGACGUUUGUUUACGUGGGCGCCCUCGCCGCUUUCGCUAUGUUUUUCACCCUGCUCGAGGGACACUAUACCACUGAGCAACAGAACAUGUGUCAAAUAAUGGCCAGCCAACAGAACUCUUUCCUGUACACGGUUUCGAGAUUAGUGUCUUCUCGAGACAUUCGUCGACGAGGUUCCGAGGAGGAGGGAGGUAGACUGCUUCAUGUGACCGAUCCUGAUCCUACCAUAAAACAACACAUUCCAAAGCCUCCAAUUCUUGAGACGCUCUUCUACAUUCAUCUGAUCGCCUUCUUCGCCAUUCUGUCAAUGUGUUGGAUCGAUACGUUACCAGGAAUAGGCAGGGGAUUGUCUCCAGUAGAAUUGUACCGUACCGUAGAGCAUGGGUUCACAUGCCAUUUCAACAACAGCAAAGCUUGUUCGAAUAUUUCUACCCACGGCUGGAUCUUCUUGAUCUCGUACAUAAUAUUCUCGAUUUCCGCUCUCAACUUCCUUUCCAUGUGCGAGAGCGCUGUCUUCACUGUUGCUGCCGCCACUGUGUCUCUUCCUUUGUCUGGUAUCUGGUGGAGUAUUUAUAAAAUGGAUGUUCAUGGUGGUUUCAUCACAUGGUCCCCUGGAGUGACGGGAGAAUUGAUCUGUGCACUGCUAGGUCUUCCUGUAGUACUUCUAGGCUUGGGUCUCCUCGUUAGAUCACACUUCCGGGAUACUCAGUCCUAUUAUCUGACCAUGCAACAACCUAAUGUACAAUGUGAAUCUUGUCAAAGAUGAACAUCUCUUAGAAGACCAUUUUAAAAGCCUUCCUUUGAAAGAUCUUCAAAAUCUAUCUAGAGUUUUCACGAUCAACUCUGGAACAUAAAAAGUACAUAGUAAUCAUUCUACAAAUUUUUGUUUGAACAUUGCAUAGUAAAAAAAAAAAUUUUUGACAUUAAUAUUUUAUAAAAAUUAAAUAUAGUAACAAGAAGAAAGUGAAUACUCUGUGUAAGAGAGAAAUGUGCAGAAUAACGAUUAGGAUCGAUUGGGGAUAGUAAUCCAAAUAAUUUCCAAUUUUGGUACACAUUUGCCUUGUAUGUUUUAAUAAUCCAAUAUUUAAUAUAGAUGUAUGGAUAACGUAGAUACGGACAACAUGUUGGUUUUUACUAUCCUUAGUCGACAGAGUAUUCUUUCUCGAUAUUGGAAGAAAGCUUUCUUGUGCACAGUUGUGAUAAAAGUGGUGGCGUGAAAUCGAAGAGAAACGAUAAAUUAUCUGGUGCACACGAAAUGCACAAAACAAAGAGUGAGAAAGAAUGAGAGAAAGGAGGAGGAAGAAGAGAAGCGAUCAAUGUUUCCUAUGCAAUUUGUCACCGCGAACAUCCGUCUAGCCACACAACGUUAUUGCCAAUUUAUAUUUUAUUUUGAUAACGAAAAUAUUUCGUAUUUUCGGAAAUAGAGAACAUUCGAAUUACAUAUGUUGAGAAUAGAUGUAUGUGUAAAUGUAAAUGAGUGAGAUGAAAACAAAAGAAAAACAAAGAUAUAGAAAAUAUUUUAUAUAGUCAAGUAUCAUAAUGUAUACUGGAUUGAAAGUUGCAUAAUAAUGAAACAGACGCGCUUAGAGGCAAGGUGUCUUUGUUAUUGGUUGCUAUGUUAAAUAAAUGUCUAGCAAGUAAAAUUGGGGAUCUCUUGCAGAGAAAUGUA